UCUGUGUCUGUGUCUGUGUGUGUGUGUGUGUGUGUCUGUGUGUCUGUGUCUGUGUGUGUGUGUGUGCUGGCCUCUUUACUUGUUUAUUGGACAGGGACACAUGAGAACAUUGCUUGAUUAAUACAAAGUAGAUGCAACACAUCCAGGUUUCUAACCGCGGCUAAGUCAGGCGGAGCUGUGUGACUCUGCCGCUGUGCUUCACCUGUGAUCUGUUCACAGAGGAGCGGGUCUGAGGGGACCUGAGCCGGGUGGUCUGACCUGCGCGCAGCUGUCCAGCUGUGGGUCGGAGAGUCAGAGCUGGGGGCGGGCGGUGGGGGCCGAUCAGCGUUCCUCUCGGUUCCUUCGUGUCUCGGUCUUCUCAGCAUGUACUUUCAUCGGACGCCACGUUUCAUUUAAGGAGACACACCGAGAGAAUCCGGAUCAGAGACGAGGAAACGGAGUCUGCUCGGUCAUGUAAGAGGAAACAAGCCGUUUGUCGUCCACCGCGUCCGGUUUCCUCCUCCCGUGUUUCUGCGCUUCGAUCAGCGGAGAGAUGGACGCGGUGCGCCCGGAGCAGAGCGCUCUGCCGCGGCUCAGCCUCCUCCUCCUCCUGCCGCUGGGAUUCUUCGCGUCCCCCUCGGCGGCCUGGGACCUGGUUCUCCUCCACACCAACGACGUGCACGCACGGGUGGAGGAGACCAACAAACACUCCGGGAAAUGCACCAAAGGCGGCGAGUGUUUCGCCGGCGUGGCCCGGAGAGCCACGAUGAUCAAGAGGAUCCGCAGCUCCGAGAGCAACGUGCUCCUGCUGGACGCCGGGGAUCAGUUCCAGGGGACCGUGUGGUUCAAUUACUACAAGGGAGCCGAGGCCGCGCAUUUCAUGAACAAGCUGCGGUAUGAUGCCAUGACCUUUGGAAAUCAUGAGUUUGACAACGGAGUGGAAGGACUGAUGAAACCGUUCAUGGAGGAGAUCGAGUGUCCUGUUCUCAGCGCCAACAUCAAAGCAGACACAACUCUGGCCCCCACCUUUGGAAAGUCGUACCUGCCCUAUAAGAUAUUCACAGUAGGUGCAGAGAAGGUGGGUGUGGUGGGAUACACGUCGCAGGAAACGCCUGCUCUGUCCAGACCUGGACCUCACCUGCAGUUCGUGGACGAGGUGAUGGCCCUGCAGCCGCACGUGGACAAACUUCAGACGCUGGGAGUCAAUAAGAUCAUCGCUCUGGGUCACUCCGGUUUCACCGUGGACCAGGAGAUCGGCAGGAAGGUGCGCGGGGUGGACGUGGUCGUCGGCGGGCACAGCAACACUUUCCUGUAUACAGGAACUCCUCCUUCCACUGAGACCCCCGCAGGUCUGUAUCCCUUCAUGGUGAAAUCGGACAGUGGACAGCUGGUUCCUGUUGUGCAGGCGUACGCCUUCGGGAAAUACCUGGGUUAUCUGAAAGUGACCUUCGAUGAUGCUGGGAAGGUCGUGAGCUCCACAGGAAACCCCAUCCUGCUGAACAGCAGCGUCCCACAGGAUCCAGAUGUUCUCGCUGAUGUGGAGGAAUGGAAGAAGAAUCUGAGCAACUACUCGGCUCAGGUGGUGGGAAAAACUCUGGUCUUCCUGAACGGGGAAACUACGGAAUGUCGUUUCCGGGAAUGCAACCUGGGAAACCUGAUCUGCGACGCCAUGCUCGUCAACAACAUCAGGUUCGUAAACGGUGUCCAGUGGAACCACGUCAGCGCCUGCAUCUUCAACGGCGGAGGCAUCCGGGCGUCUGUCGAUGAGCACAGCAGAAACGGUUCGAUCACCAUGGAGGACCUGAUCUCCGUCUUACCGUUCGGAGGAACCUUCGACCUGGUGCAGCUGAAAGGCUCCACGCUGAGGAAAGCUUUCGAACACUCAGUGAGACGAUACGGACAGAGCACCGGAGAGUUCCUGCAAGUGUCCGGAUUUCACGUAGAGUUUGACCUCACCAAACCUCCGGGCCAUCGAGUGAAGAGCCUCAGCAUCCUCUGCACCAAGUGUCGCGUCCCCCACUACGAACCGGUUCAGGAUGAGGAGGUUUACAAAGUGGUGCUGCCGUCCUACCUGGUGAAGGGCGGAGACGGAUUCUCCAUGAUCAAAGACGAGAAGCUCAAGCACAACAGCGGGGAUCUGGACAUUUCAGUCGUGUCCAACUACAUCACUCAAAGAAAGAACGUUUAUCCGUCUGUUGAAGGACGAAUCAAGAUCUACAGCUCAGCUUCUGGACUGAGGGGACAGACCACUGCGCUGGUUUUACUGGGGCUGCUCUGGACUCUGUGUGGGACCAUGUAAGACUGAAUCCACCCAGAAGACACAAGAGGACAGAAAAAACACUGCAUGUGAACAUGAAGAAGCAGCAGCUGAUGGACGUGAACAGGCCUGACCGAAGUAUCCGACCUUCAUCUGGAAAACCAGAGAAACUCGAGGAGCCAAACGUUCGUGGUUUGGACCUGCAGUUCGUCUGAUGACCACUGAGGCCUGAGCUGAACUACACAGCCCCAGAUUCUCUGAGGCUCACAGAGACAAACGAUUGGAUGGACAGGCGUCUCAGAGCAGCGUCCUUUAGUUUGUAGUUUUAUCAGGAUACUGAAAGUUGAAAUCGCGGCAGCUGAUCACUGCAGAUACGUUUUCAGAUUGUUUUAUAUUAUUGGGCCAUAAUUCUUUAGAGGUUUGUCAUUUCCUGUGUAAGCUACUUUUUCAAGGAUAAGUAUUAUCAAGCACUGUAUUAAUCCUACUACUCAAAGAUUUUACUGACAAAACUGAUGUGAAAUAAAUUCCAGCUUUUUAUUUCCUGG